AUGGCCAAUAUCAACGAACGCAAUGUAUACUUCGGCACGGACUCGUUGAAGAAAUACUUCAACCCGGACUCGCAGCCUCCCCUCCCUCUUGUAGAGCUGCCACCGCAUCUGAACCCUUACUAUGAAGAUGGCGUUCGUAUCUAUGCCAAAAUGAUGACCAUGCACCCGGCCAACAACGUCAAGGCAAUGCCAGCACUAAACAUGCUCGAGUCCAGCGUGGUGCCGGGCGAAACCAAUCGCAUCAUCGAGUAUAGUUCCGGCUCUACGGUGAUCUCCAUGUCGAUGGUAGCCCGAGUAAUGCACGGAGUCAACGACACCCGGGCCUUCCUCAGCAAUAAGACCAGCGAUGCCAAAUUGAAACUCAUGCAGUUCUUCGGGCUCGACAUAACCCUCUUCGGAGGACCCUCCCAACCUGAGCCCCUCGACGAACGAGGCGGAAUCCAAAAUGCCCGUCGCAAGGCCCUGGAAUCCGACCAGGUCGUCAACCCAAACCAAUACGAAAACAACAACAACUGGCAAUCCCACAUCCGCUGGACAGGUCCCCAAAUCUUCAAGCAACUCCCCGAGAUCAACGUCCUCUGCGCCGGCAUGGGAACCUCCGGCACCAUGACCGGACUAGGCACAUAUUUCAAGGGUGUGAAGCCCUCCGUCCAUAGACUGGGCGUAUGUACAGCCCCUGGGGACCGGGUUCCUGGCCCGCGGUCCUAUGCCCUCAUGCGUCCGGUCGAAUUCCCCUGGAAGGACGCAGUAGACACGAUUGAAGAAGUCGGUUCCGCAGAAUCCUACACCCUUUCUUUGAACCUUUGUCGCGAGGGCCUGGUAUGCGGACCAUCUUCCGGGUUCAAUCUCCAAGGGCUAUUCCAGAUGCUGGCGACACGCAAGGCUGCAGGAACCAUGUCCGAGCUCGCUGGCCCUGACGGGCUCAUCCACAGCGUCUUCCUCUGCUGCGAUCUGCCAUACCAGUACAUCGACGAGUACUUUGCCAAGCUUGGCGAGGGCCAAUUCCACCCCAUUCGCAACGAAGUCGAUCUCCACCGAUACGACGAAAGCUGGGAGCGCAACGCCCUAGACGUCCUGCCGGAAUUCUACGGCUCCCCCUCUGGCCGCUGGGCCCUGGACGAGAUCAUUCUCAAACCCCAGUCGCAGGUCGUGGACCUCCGACAGCCUGAGGACUUCCAGGCCUGGCAUUUGCCAGGCUCUACAAACCGGCCCCUGGCCAGCCUGGGACCACAUACACCAUCCCCGUUCUCUGAUCCGGGGGUGCUGGAGGCGCAGUGGGUGGAGCUGGAGGGGAUGGUCUAUGACGUUGGACACGUUCUGGUGGUGUGUUACGAUGGAGACUCGGCACGCGUGGCGACCAGUGUGUUGCGGGCGAGAGGCCUGGAAGCGGACAGUGUGCGUGGCGGGUCCCGGGCGCUGAAGAUGUAUGGGGAACAGGCGGCUGUUAAGGCGAUGGGGGCGACUGUUUCCGUUGCGGCCGUGCCCCUGUAG